AGGAAGCGGAGGCUGAGAUGGUGAGAGCAACAGGUCUCUGAGAGAUUCUCUUCACCCGUUCAGCGUUUUGGAUUGCUGGUCUGGACGCCUGUUAAAGGGAGAAGAUGAUCUGCAGGAUCCUGCUGCUCAUCAUCCUCAACUCAUGUCUCUGUGCAGCAACAUUUGUAGUGAAUGUGACACAGAGCUCCUAUCAGGCAGAGGAGAACCACAGCAUCACUCUGGAGUGGACCUUCACCACCACACCUGAUGGAUCCUGGAGAGAUCUGUUCAUCUACUGCAGCUUGUUAACUCCUAGGAAAGAAUUAGUCUUGUAUCAGGUCCUUGAUGGUGUUGAGGUGUCAGAGUCUCAGGAUGAACAGUUUUCAGGACGAGUCCAGAGUGACAAAGACGUCCUCAGAGAAGGACGAAUCAGACUCCAUGUGUCCAGACUGAGGACUGAAGACUCUGGACAGUGUUACUGUGAUGUGAAGACUGAUGAUGGAUCUGGUUCUGCAGGGACCAGCAUCACAGUCUCUGAACCAAAGUCAGCCAAAAUGACGACAACAGAAUCGGCUCCACAGAAUGUGACCAUCAGUACCGGACCCCGGUCCAGGCUGCCUCUGUGUGUUGCUGUUAUUUCCUUCAUCAUUUCUCUGAAUUUAAUUUUCAUCUUCACACUUAAAACGAACAAGAAAUUUAAAGAGAAACUCCUGAGACAAGCCUCCACCUUGGAGUGUGGAUGCCUUGCUCAAGAGCAGGUCUGUGUUCAUGUAGAUGGGAGCUCCAUGAGGUCUUCUCUCCUGCAGCUUUCUGAGGGCUCGGAUUCAAACCAGCAACUGCAGCAUCAAGGAAAGCCUGGAGAAGAGCUGAGCCUUCAGUCAGAGGACCAUGGAUGAUGGGUCCAGAGAGACUCAUGAUUUCUCUGCACCUUUAUUUCUCUCAUCAGCUCUGCAGUCGGUCUGUUCCUCAGCAAAUGUUGGAGGACUUUAACCUAAAGCAACAGAAGACCUGCUGCUUGUUUGACUCUGGACUCUGUUGUUGUUCUACUGGAGCGCCCCCUUCUGGUCGCUGCAUGACUCUGCAGAAAACCCCCAAACUUUCAGACCAAGAAGUUCUGGAUUUAUUUUCAAGAAGAGAGAAAAAAUCUAAGGUUUUUAGACCAAAAAAGAAACGAAUUUUUGUAUAGACAGAGCAGCUGUUUUUAGUGAUGUUGCUUUCAUUUAUUUCUAUUGUUUAACCUUUAUGUGAAACUGAUCUGGUAUCAUGUUUAUUUUUGAUGUUUUAGUUUUUGAGCCCAUAUCUAAAUACAUGUUGAACAUGUUUGAACUGUGAACGUUGCCAAAAGACUAUCUGUAGAUCAGAGUCAGCUGUAGAGUGUUAGGAAGAAAUAUUUUAAAUCCUUAUCUGGACGUGUUCUUGUAGAAGAUGUGCAGUAGGGAUGUUAUAGUUGUUUUUUUUUUAUAAAGCUGGUCAGUAACAGCUGCUGGGUGCUGUAGACACCAAAGCUAAAGUCAAACAGCCUGGAUUAUUGGCUGAUUUCUUAAACCUAGAUGUAUUUUGCUGCUUGAACCUGGAAGCACUUUAACUGAGACCCAAUGAUGUUAGUUAUUCACACAGAACUGACAGUUAAAAGUACAGAAAAAGAGAAAAUGUAAAAAGCUCAGAGUAAUAAUUCACAUCCUGUCACUAGUAGGAAGCAGAGCUUUUAUUGUAAGUGAACCACGGGUUUAUUUCUGCUUUAUUUCAACAUGAUGGAUUCUUUGCAAGGCAAGGCAAGGCAAAUUUAUUUAUAUA